UCCAAAGAAGAAUUUUACACACAGGUGGCCAAGAAAACGAUAAAAUCUAAAUUUUGUAUCAGUUUGACUGUACUUACAUACUGAAAUCUUAAUUUCACGUUUAACUUCUAUAACUGAAUUAUACUGUUACUGUCCUAGGGAAAUAAAUUCCUUAAGAGCCUGAGUGAUGGCGGAUAUGAUACAGAUACUGUUUUUACUCCUGGGAUCAGCUAUAUCUAUUCAAGCUGAGAUAACAGUGGAUCAAAAUGGCUAUGUGAUGUACUGUCCAUGUAUGGGGAGGUUUGGUAACCAGGCUGACCAUUUUCUGGGAGCAAUCAGGUUUGCUAAGGCAUUAGAUAGGACAUUGGUUCUUCCACCCUGGGUUGAGUUCCGUUUCCCAGCACCAAGAUCUGUACAAGUCCCUUUUGACACAUAUUUCCAAGUGGAACCAUUAAAGGAAUUCCAUAGAGUGAUUACCAUGGAAUAUUUCUUUAAACAUUUAGCUGAUGAAGUAUGGCCUGUUGGGAAGAGAGCAGUUCUGUGUUAUCAAGCAAGGACUUAUGGUGCUAAAGAAAAUGAUUGCAAUGCUAAAGAAGGGAAUCCUUUUGGUCCAUUUUGGGAUACAUUUGAUGUGGAAUUUGACAAAUCAGAAUUUUACCAACCUUUAUUCCAUGAUACUUCACCUAGUGAAAUAAACAGAUGGAAAGACAGGUAUCCUGGAAAGGAUUGGCCUGUUCUAGCAUUUACUGGUGCCCCAGCAACUUUCCCAGUUCAGCAGCAAAAUGUUGGUCUACAGAAGUAUAUUAAAUGGUCAGAAAACAUUGCCGGACAAAGAGAUAAAUUUAUUAAAGAUUAUAUUGGAGAUAAGAAGUUUAUUGGUAUCCAUCUACGACUUGGGUCAGAUUUUGAGAAUGCUUGUAGACAUAUUGACAAAAGUCCGAACAUGUUUGCUGCUGUACAGUGUCUAGGAUAUAGGAACGAGCAUGGGAAAGCUUCACAAGAGAUGUGUUACCAAUCCGAGGAUACUAUUGUCAGAGAUCUAGGAAAAGUUAUAAAAGAUACUGGGUGUACAACAGUAUUUAUAGCAACUGAUAGCAAAGAUCUUAAAAGUAAAUUAUCCAAAAAAUUUGAAAAGGUAAAAUUUGUGAAGCACGAGCCGCCCCAUCCCCAUGUCGAUUUAGCAGUCUUAGGUGCCUCCGAUUAUUUUAUAGGAAACUGUAUAUCUACGUUCACAGCUUUCGUUAAACGAGAAAGAGACGUAAAUAACAAACCAACAAAAUUUUGGGAUUUCCCUCCAGCAAAAAAGCACGAGGAGCUUUAACGAAUGUAUUCAUGUAGAAAUCCGGUUUUACAUUUGAGCCACGUCACGACAAAACCAACAUAAUGCGUU